CGCAGCAGCAGUAGCAGCAGCAGUAGCAGCAGUAGCAGCAGCGACAGCCGCAGCGGCCGCAUCAAAACAGCCAGCGUCACUGAGAGCCGCAGCGGUCGCGGUCGCGUAAGCGGGCAAUGAGCAACUACGAAAAUUCAAUAGAACUGGGUAAACGCCAGCAGCGACAGCGGCACCACCUUCUCCAUCAGCAGCAGCAGCAGCAGCAGCAGCAGAAGCAGCAACAUUAUAACCAGCGUCACGCUGCGCGCCGUCGCAGUUGCCGUUGCCGUUGCCGUUGACGACGCCGUCGCCGUCGCUGUUGGCGUCGCUGUUGAAGACCGAGUUUAUAGUCAGAGCGACAGUUAAGCGACGGCAGCGGCAGGUGUCAUUUGAAUUUCAAGUGCGCGGACGCGUAAAAAUCUAAAACCGAGUUUAAAACGCACGCGACGCCGACGCCGACGCUGACGCGGACGCGACGUUGACAGCGAUGAGUGCGCGCCGCGAUGGUCAACAAAAUGCCGAUGUUGUCGCCGCCGUGUCCGUAACUAAAAUCGUAACCGAAACCGAAUCCGAAACCGAGUCAAUGCUCAAGAUAAUGACAGCGACGCCGGCGUCAGCGACAACGACAGCGACAACGGCAACGACAUCAGCGUCGACGGCGCUGACAACGGUUAACGCUCAAAAUAAAUGCGCGACGGCAGCGCCAACGACUUUUAGUUAUCAGAGAGCAGCGAAGCGUUGCGCACGCCUCGAACAGACAACAGCGGCAGAAUUGGCACCAGCAUCGGCAAUAGAAAAAGAACCAAAAGAAGCAUUGGCAAAAGAGAGAGCAACAACAACAACAACUAUUGCGUGUGUUAUUCCAUGUGAACGUCAGCUUCGUCUCGCUGAGCACAAGGCGCAAUUGCGCGCAGCUUUCUUCCAGGAUUUCAACGCAAUCGCAGCGCAGCAGCAGCAGCAACAGCAACAGCAGCAUCCAGUGAGAGAGCGAGAGAGCGAAAAAGCUUUUGAUUCCAGGACGCGUAUACGACAGCUGAUUGAAAAGUUUCAGGCAAUGAUUGUACAGCAGCCAGCAGCAGAGCAGCCGCAGCUGAAGCCAGCUGUGAUUGCGGGCAGCGCUGCCAAUUCGGAUGAGGGCUGCAAUGCGGGCGGCUUGAGUCCCUGUAGCAGCGACAACGAAUGCGAUGCUGUCGCCCGCCGCAAGCCAAAGGUGACGCGUUGUGCGAGCAGCGACUCGGCGCUGGGCCUCGAUGUUGAUGAUGUUACAAUGGAAACACUGCCGACGCCGCAGCGACGCAUGACGCUGACCGUUACCGAUUUACCGUUGCGCCCGGCCCUGCUGCCACUGGCCGAGCCGACAGCGCUGCCCGAUUCGCCGUUAACCUCGCCGACCAGCGCCACAGCUGCCCUCGGUCUGGGCGUGGGCGUGGGCGUGGGUGUGGGCGCCGGCGUGCCCACCAAAGUGCUGCUGGAGGAGCGUGUCGUUGCGGCGCUGGCAGCGCCGCCCGGCUCACGCCGCGAGUCCACGCAAAGCUGCGUCAGCGAGCUGGGCAGCAUGGCGGGUGUACGGUAUGUGCGAACGCCAUCUGUGGUCGUGUCCGACUAUUCGGAUGAUAUAACCGCUUGCGGCAUCAGCAUGGAGGAGAUGGAGUAUUUUCGAUUGCAGCGCGCACGCUGCCAGCGUCGCUGUUCGCUGGAAGCGAGUGCCGCUGCCGCCGGCAGCAUCGGCGGCGCCAAGGAUGAAGCUCAGUCGGAUGUGAGCGCGGCGAGCAGCUGCAGCAAUUUGUAUUAUUGCGGCUCAACAAUUUCCGCCUUGGAUGGCGGCGAGUGCAUUGUUAACGGCAUACGCGUUGCUCUCGCCCGCAAAUCGAGUCACAGCAGCAGCGGCGAAUUGAGCGGCGGCGACGACGAGGACAUCGAUGAACAGUUGCAAUUGGAGCAGCAGCAGCAGCAGCGCCAGCUCGAACGGGAAAGAGAGCGACAGCUGAGCGAGCUUUUGGCUGCCACGCAGCUCAGCGAUGGCACUAAGAAGGUAUGUUGCACUUUGGUCGUAGUUAAAGCGAAUUCCGUUCGAAAGUUAACACUGAGCAAAACAAAAGACUUAAGCAAAGAACUUGCCGCAGCGGCCCAGGCGCAGUGUGGCCAGAUAAUCGUAUAACGCAUUCGUGUGAGAGCACGGCCAGAAACAUGGCCCUGUUUCCAUCCUCCUCGCGUCCGCGCACGCUGAUGGAGCAGCUGUUGG